AUGGCACAUGACGGAUUUGGAAUGCAUCGAAAUAGUUCUGAAUUGUUUCGUAAUCAGAGAUUUCUGUUUACUUCGGAGUCGGUAAGCGAAGGUCAUCCGGACAAAAUGUGUGAUAUGAUAUCGGAUGCUGUUCUGGAUGCUCAUCUUGCUCAGGAUCCAAAUGCAAAAGUUGCUUGCGAAACGGUAGCCAAAACGGACAUGUUAAUGCUGUGUGGGGAAAUUACAUCUAGUGCAAAUGUUGAUUAUUAUCAGAUCGUUAGGGAUACAGUACAACAGAUAGGAUUCGACGAUUCCUCCAAGGGUUUUGAUUAUAAAACAUGUAAUGUGAUAAUUGCAUUAGAACAGCAAGCACCUGAAAUAGCAGCUGGAGUACAUCUGAAUCGAAAAAUGGAAGAAAUUGGUGCUGGUGAUCAGGGAUUAAUGUUCGGUUAUGCAACGGAUGAAACAGAAGAGCGCAUGCCAUUAUCUUUGUUACUGGCUCAUAAACUGCUUGCACGACUUCAUGAAUUGCGGAGAAAUGGUACUCUUGAAUGGGCUUUACCCGACUCAAAGUCUCAGGUAACAGUGGAGUACAAAUUUGAAUAUGGUGCAUGUAUACCAGUCCGUGUUCAUACAGUUGUCAUAUCGGCACAGCAUAAACCUACAGCUUCGCUGGAAAAAAUUCGAGGUGAUCUAAUCAAGCAUGUAAUAAAUGAAGUGGUUCCACAACAUUUCAUGGAUACAGCUACGAAGUUCUAUUUGAAUCCAUGUGGUAACUUUACAGUUGGUGGACCAAGAAGUGAUGCUGGUCUGACUGGUCGUAAAAUAAUUGUGGACACAUAUGGUGGUUGGGGUGCUCAUGGUGGUGGCGCAUUUUCUGGUAAAGAUCCAAGCAAGGUGGAUCGUUCAGCAGCUUACGGCGCUCGAUGGGUCGCCAAAUCGCUUGUAGAUGCUGGUAUUUGUAAACGAUGCUUAAUUCAGGUGUCGUAUGCCAUUGGCAUCGCUGAACCACUUUCAAUAACAGUUGUCGACUAUGGAACAAGUAAUUUAACGGAAGAUGAAUUGUUAACUAUAGUGAAUGAUAAUUUUGAUCUUCGACCGGGUGUCAUCAUUCGUGAGCUGGAUUUGUUAAAGCCUAUUUACAAGGAGACAGCACGUAAUGGACAUUUUGGUAAAUCACUGUUUGCUUGGGAGAAAUCGAAAAAGUUAGCAAUACGACCGGAAUUCAUGAAUAAACUACGAAGUUCGGAAUUAUCGAAUGGAGAUAUAAAGCGUAAUAGCUUUAAUGUUGCUUAA